AUUUGGUUUUCUUACUACAAAGAUGAGGCUCUGGCUGCCCUGGUGGGAGAUGAGGCUCUGCGAGGGAACUCUGUUUCCCCAGCGGGCGGAACCGCUCCUCAUCAAGCCCAGCUCGGUCCCUCCAGGGUCUCCCCUAAACAGGACACCCUAGAAUUCCCCCCACACACCCUCCACCCUCUAGGAAAAUCCAGAAGCAGCAGGAAAACCUGAGGCCCCUACCCUCAGGGGGCAGAGUCAUUCCCGUGCCCCACGGAGUGGCGAGCGGCUAAGGGCGCCCCUGGGCAUCCAGCGCCCCCAGGGCAGCACCUGUCCCGCGCUGGCUGGGUUCAGGGACCACGAGGACUCAGCGCCAGCCUCAGUCCUGGGCGGUGCCAGUGCUAGUCUUGGCCCCGCCCCUCCAGCGCCGAUUGGCCAGGCCGCGUCCUGGGGGCGGAGCGUUCGCGCCAACCCCCCACCCACUCCCCGGCUGGACCCGGGAACCCUCCUGAGGCAGCGCCGGCGGCUGAGGCGGCGGCGGCGGGGACAGCGGAGCCAUGACCGGGAACAGCGGAGCCAUGACCUCGGGGGUCCGCGCCGGCGGCUGGGGGCACGCGGGGCGCGCCGUGCAGGGACCGCCCCCGCCUCUGCCCUUCCUCUUUGUGGUGUUGGUGGCGGCGCCCGGCACUCGCGCCGCGGGAUACCAGACAUGCCCCACGGUGCAGCCAAACAUGCUGAACGUUCACCUGCUGCCCCACACACAUGAUGACGUGGGCUGGGUCAAGACAGUGGGCCAGUACUACUAUGGGGUUUAUAAUAACCUCCAGCACGCUGGUGUGCAGUACAUCCUGGACUCGGUCAUUUCCGCCCUGCGGGCAGAGCCCAGCCGCAGAUUCGUCUACGUGGAGAUGGCCUUCUUCUCCCGUUGGUGGCACCAGCAGACGAACGCAACCCAGCAAGCCGUGCGGGAGCUGGUGCGCCAGGGGCGCCUGGAGUUUGCCAACGGUGGCUGGGUGAUGAACGACGAGGCGGCCACCCACUAUGGCGCCAUCGUGGACCAGAUGACGCUGGGGCUGCGCUUCCUGCAGGACACGUUCGGCGACGACGGGCGCCCCCGUGUGGCCUGGCACAUCGACCCCUUUGGGCACUCUCGGGAACAGGCUUCGCUCUUUGCGCAGAUGAGCUUUGAUGGCAUCUUCUUGGGGUGCGUGGAUUACCAGGACAAAGAGCUGCGGGAGAAGAAGCAGGAGAUGGAGCUGGUGUGGCGGGCCAGUGCCAGCCUGCAGCCCCCGACCGCCGACCUCUUCACUGGUGUGCUCCCCAAUGUUUAUGACCCCCCGAGGUAUCUGUGCUGGGACAGGUUAUGCGAUGACAAGCCCGUGGUGGACGACCCCAGCAGCCCUGAGCACAACACCAAGGGACUGGUUGAUUACUUCCUCAACUUGGCUGCUACCCAGCAUCAGUCCUACCGCACCAACCACAUCGUGAUGACCAUGGGUAGUGACUUCCAUUAUGAGAACGCAGACAUGUGGUUCAAGAACCUUGACAAGCUCAUCCGGCUGGUCAACGCACAGCAGGCAAAGGGGAGCCGCGUCCACGUGCUCUACUCCACCCCCGCCUGUUACCUCUGGGAGCUGAACAAGGCCAACCUCACCUGGUCGCUGAAGGAGGACGACUUCUUCCCAUACGCCGAUGGCCCCCACCAGUUCUGGACCGGCUACUUCUCCAGCCGGCCGGCCCUCAAGCGCUAUGAGCGCGUCAGCUACAACUUCCUGAAGGUGUGCAAGCAGCUGGAGGCGCUGGCGGGCCCGGCGGCCAACGUGGGGCCCUAUGGGUCGGGAGACAGCGCUCUCCUAGAGGAGGCCAUGGCUGUGCUGCAGCACCACGACGCCAUCACGGGCACCUCCCGCCAGCUCGUGGCUGAGGACUACGCGCGCCGGCUGGCUGCCGGAUGGGGGCGCUGCAAGGUUCUCCUGAGCAACGUCCUGGCGCGGCUCAGCGGCUCCCAGGAGGCUUUCUCCAUCUGCCCGGAGCUCAACAUCAGCGUCUGCCCGCUCAGCCAGACGUCGGCGCGCUUCCAGGUCGCCAUUUACAACCCCCUGGCCCGGAAGGUGGACCGCAUGGUGCGGCUGCCAGUCAGUGCGGGCGCUUUCCUCGUGAAGGACCCCAGUGGCCACGCGGUGCCCAGCGAUGUGCUGCUGCUUCCCCAACCAGAGGGACAGAAGCCCAGGCCAGAGCUGCUGUUCUCUGCCUCAGUGCCGGCCCUGGGCUUCAGCAUCUACUCUGUAGCUCAAGUGUUUCCAGAGAAACCCAAGGUCCACAGGGCCCGGCCCAGCCCUGAGAAAUCAGGUAGCUUUGUUAUCCACAAUGAGUUCAUCCGGGCUAUGUUCAGCCAUGAGACAGGCCUCUUGACUCAGAUUGAGGUCACGGACCAGAAACUCAUGCUGCCCGUGAACCAGACUUUUUUCUGGUAUAAUGCCAAUACAGGUGUCCUACAAAACGAUCAGCCCUCUGGUGCCUACAUCUUUAGUCCCGAUGGAAUGCAACCACUGCCUGUGAACAGCUCAGCUCAGAUCCGCCUGCUGAAGACGCCCUUGGUGCAGGAGGUGCACCAGAACUUCUCAGCCUGGUGUUCCCAGGUGGUUCGCCUGUACUGCGGACAGCGCCACCUGGAGCUCGAGUGGACAGUGGGGCCCAUCCCUGUGGAUGACAAGUGGGGGAAGGAAGUGAUCAGUCGUUUCGACACGCCGCUGGACACCAAGGGCUACUUCUACACGGACAGCAAUGGCCGGGAGAUCCUGAAGAGGAGGAGGAAUUAUCGGCCCACCUGGAACUUGACCCAGACGGAGCCAGUGGCGGGGAACUACUAUCCAGUCAACACUCGAAUUUACAUCACGGAUGGGAAGAAGCAGCUGACGGUGUUGACGGAUCGCUGCCAGGGGGGCAGCAGCCUGCAGGACGGCUCCCUGGAGCUCAUGGUGCACCGAAGGCUGCUGAAAGAUGACAGACGUGGCCUGGGGGAGCCGCUGUUAGAGAAGAAGUCGUGGGUGCGGGGGCGCCACCUCGUGCUGCUGGACGCGGUGGGCAAGGCAGCCGCGGGGCACCGGCUGCUGGCGGAGAAGGAGGCCCUGGCCCCGCAGGUGGUGCUGGCGCCAGGGAGGGCCACCCGCUACCACCCUGGGGCUACCCUGCGCAAACAGUUCUCAGGGCUGCGCCGGGCACUCCCACCCUCUGUGCACCUGCUCACCCUGGCCCACUGGGGCCCAGACAAAUUGCUGCUGCGCUUGGAGCACCAGUUCGCCAGGGGGGAGGACUCGGGCCACAACUUGAGCUCCCCUGUGACCUUGGAUUUGCUGAACCUGUUCUCCACCUUCACCAUCACCCACCUGCAGGAGACCACGCUGGUAGCCAACCAGCCCCGGGCCAGCGCCUCCAGGCUCAAAUGGACACCAAACACCGGCCCCGUACCCCUCCCCUCUGUGCCCCCCCUGGACAGUACCACCAUCACGCUGCAGCCCAUGGAGAUCCGCACAUUUGUGGCUUCGGUCCAGUGGAAGGAGGACGUUUGGGUCCUCAGGAACGCCCCCUUCCCAGCCUGAGUUCUCUUCUUUCCCCCUUGCUGCUGCUGCUGCCACCCACAAACACCAUUAAAAUGUCAGUGCUAAGAUUCAGGUCACUGGGUGACUGGCUGGUGCAUCUUUCAUUGCAAGACAGAAUGCAUGAACUAGGGAGGUCAGUAGAUCAUAGCUGAUCCUUGAAACAUUUUCUUUAUUUAUUUGGCAGGCAGAGUGACAGAGAAACAGAAUCUUCUAUGAGA